CGAUUACGUGCAACUGUUUCAGAUCCGUUGCACUAUUGUUUUUUGGUUUAAUCUUUUUUGUUCGUAUUCUAAAUUAAUUUUCUCCGUCGAGGAGUUCUAAAAAAUAUUAUAAUGUUCGGUUAAAAGUCACGGUUUAAGUAGCUAGUGUCCCCCUCAUCGUGUUGUCUAAGUAUAAUUCGAAAAGUCUUAAAAUUUUACGUAAAUUUUCCAACAUAACCUAAAAAUUUAUUCGGUGUUGUAUGUGCGUCUGUGUUUAUAAGCAAAUCAAGCAGAGAAAAUAAAGAAAUAUCGUGUCAUCAAAAUCCGAACGUAAACAUCAACAAGAAAAUGGAUCGCGUAUGGCCCGCAUCUAGACCGUAUAGAAAUCUGCACAACUGACAGGCGCAAGUGUCAACAAAGGCGGUCAAGAAGCCAGGGAAUAGGCCAUUAAUUAUUUGGUUCAAGUGCAGUCACCAUGAAUCUGUACACUCUAUACGAUUGGAUCACAUCAUUGCUCCGGCCGCACAGUGCCAGUGUCAGCUACAAGGCGAUCGAAGCGGCAGCGGUCGAAGAGUUGCCAGCAACAUCAGUAGCAACAGCAACAUCCCCAGCAGCAACAUCAGUCCCAGCAGCAACAUCAGUCCCAGCAACAACAUCUCGUGCCACUGGAGCCAAAGCAACUUGUGUGGAAGUUGAGUUCAUACCCUCGCUAAAUAUUAUAUUUGAGAAGCCGACUUCAUCGAGUGAGCAACAGUCCCCCAAGAGUUUAAAGCAUGCUGCUACAACUGUGCUUGAUAAGGAACUUGCGGAUGAUUGCGACUCCGACAAUGAUUCCACGCGUACUUACAUAAUCUCGAGGAGCAGUUGGACAGAAGUGACAUCGAGUAGUACGCCAUAUGCCGUUACCUCCACGGACACCGCCGAACUACUGAGGCGACAGAACAAUCUCAGUCUCUCGGAGGAGGAUCAGUCGGUGACGUCGUUUAGCAUUGAACAACCCACCAGUUCCAUGACCAUUGACAUGGCCGAGCUGCAGACAACAACCACCACAACGACGGCAACAACGACGAGCAGUGCCGAUGUUGUGGCAACAAACGCAACGACAACGACCACAACUAGCAGUAGCAUUGAGGAGGAUAUCGAGGAAGCCAUCGAGAUCAGUGAGGUGGAGGAGCAGCUGAAUUCCCCGCUGGAAUCUCUAUCGGAAGCAGCUGCCUAUGCCCGACCAAAAGGGCAGGAAUUAAGUGCCAAAAGUUUGAGCAGUGAUCAGGAUGAUGAUGAGGAUGCGGUAGAGUUUCGCAUCGAUGAUGCUCAGCUAUCUGGUGGCCAAUUGGCUCAGCAUUUCCUGGUUGCCGAUGAGGAUGAAAGCGAAGAGGGUUCGGAUCUACCAGCUGCCUCCAAAGUGGAGGUUAGUCUAUCCUCAAAUGAUGAUGACUUUGACAUUAGUUUGCCUUUGGAGCAGAGGAAACCUGUACAUUCCCUGCAUGGGGAUGAGGAUUCAGUAGAUCAGAGUUUGAGUAAUCAGAGCACUACGGAUGAUGUUUCCGAGUUGGGUGAGGAACCAGUUCUGGGAAGGGAAGAUAAGACUGAGGGUAGUGAGGCUAUUAGUGCCAGUGCUCCUCAGGAAACUCAUGUGGAUGAAAGUCAAAUAACUGAAGAGCAAGAUCACUCAAUGGAAGAGAUCGUGGCAACAAAUGAAUCCAUUGAAGUGACUUACGAAGCUGAAGAAACAGUCGAUACUUCACAGAAAGUCGACCUUAUCACGGACUUAGAUGAAGAACAGGAGGAUCAGGCUCAAGAGGUUAUCAGGCCUACGUCUACAUUGGAAACCCUGAAGCUACCUCCGGUCCAGGAACCUCAAAUUAUGGAUCGCAAAGCAGCUAGAGCGUUGACCACUUUACGACUCCAACCAGAACCACUGGAACCUUUGGAAUUGACUAUUCUAGAAAUGGAUGAGAGUGACAAUGACGAUGAUGAGGAGAGUUCCCUGCAACUGAUGAAGCUGCGAUUGAUGGCCAUGAAUCAGCAGAUGAUUAUUGAUAAUGCCCCCAAACUUUCGCCCACGGAAGCAGAUCAAACACAAGUAACCAGCAGUUCCACCAAUUCGGAACUUAAACAAAUGGAACGAGUGCCUCUUACUGAAUUCUCCAAGGAUGUUUUGGAGGAUAUCACCGAAGAAAGCGAGAGAAUGCUUUCCAUGAGCACAACCAUCGAAGAAGAGCAGGAUCCUCCUUCUUUGUCACUGGAUGAGUCGAAGACUCUCCUGCAGGCAGGAGCAAAUAAAGCUGGAGGCAGUAGUUCCAGUUUGGUGAGCUUAAACAUGCUAAAGCAACUGGAAGCCAAAGUGCAGGAACUGCACACCCAACUGGAGACCAAGGAUAACUGCCUGACCUCGUUGAAUCUGCAACUUGAGGCGGCCAGAAGGGAAUCCAGUGCGGGUCCGGCCUCGGCUAGAGAUUCUAGUUCCCUAAUGACCAACUCCACGGAGUAUCGCACUCUUCAGGAAGAAUUAGGCGGCCCAACUCUAGACAUAUACGUGGAGAUGUCCCUAAGGGAUGAGACGAUUGCCAAACUUACAGAUUCCCUUCAACAGUCGAUGGUUGUCCGUAAUAAGUUACAGACGGACUCAGAUCGACUUGGGGGCGAAGUGCAGAAUCUGCGUCGGCAACUUCAAGAGGCCAUCGAGGCAGUGAAGCGAUCGAGUGUUGGUUGGGCGGACCAGGAAUGCAACCCGGGUCAGCGACUGUCUGAGAUCUCCAUGGAUUUGAUCAGCGAAAGCGAUGAUGAUUUGGACCGCCAUUUCCUCACGGACAACGAGGAGCGGGGAUCGCGCAGCUCCAAGGAAAGACAGUUGCCUCAGUUCCAAACCAACGAUGACUUGGGUAUGCAGGCCAUAAAUCCAGAUUGGACGCCGGCGUUCAGCAAGCAGAUCGAGCAGUUCCACACCUACCUGGUGCCAGCGGAACAGCGGAUCUUUCUCAUGGUUCAGCGCAAGUUCGAUGACUAUUUGAACCAACAGAUAUCGUUGUGUCGAGAUCUGGGCGCCCAGGAGCUGAAAAUUGCCCGCGAUCAGUGGGAGAGCGAGAAACAGAGCAGCGAACAGAUCCAGCAAGCAGAACAUACCAAGCAGAUGGAGGAACUGCGCAAGUACUUCGAGCACAAGUGCGCCGAUCUGGAGAAGCAGUUCUCCGAUGAUGUCUUCUCCCACAAGUCACAGCACCUGGCUGGGGACAGCUCUUCAGAGUGCUCCGAGAUGGAUCAGUUGCCUGAGGAGCCGGUGGCAGCGGCGUCGUCCAAGGAACCUUCUCCACGCAAACGGAAGCGAGCUGAGCUGCUGCUCAGUCCCAGUCACAGACAGAUGACUCCUUGUGGGCUGGACUCCUUGGGGGAGACCACUGGAAAAGCUGGCAAAGAUAAUUCUGUAGAUGUAGCCGACCUAAAGAUUUUCUACCAAACCCAUAUCAAGGAGCUAAGACGCGCCCACGAGGAUCAGGUGCGCAAGCUUAACGAUCGUAUUAAAUUCUAUGAGCGCCGGGGUGACGAUGACUACAACCCUGCAGCCGAAUCACCCGCUCGUACCUGUCUGGAAAAGGGAUCCGGAGAUGGACCCGCGAAUACCUCACUGAUCAUCAUCGAUGAGGACGAGCUGAACUUUAAUAACGAAUCACAGGUUGUCCAGCGUAUCAUCGAGGAGUACGAAAGGAGGUUGCAGGAACAACUGACCUUGGCUCGACAGGACAUUGCCACCGAGUUGGAGCUGCAGAUUCAGAAUUUGUUGUCGGAAAAUACCGUGGACGAUCAAAAUUGGCCCAAGGAGCUGAUCUUGCUGCGCGAGAAGUUUACGGCCAAGAGUCAACUGGAGAUCACUCAGCUGAAUAUUAAACAUGCCGACGAGAUGUCGCGCAUAAAAUUGGAAUACGAGAAGCAGCUGAAUCGGAAGAACAAGCGUCACCUGACCUUUGAUGCCGCCCGUGACCUGGAGCAGGUAAUCUGCGAACGAGAUGGAUUGAGGGAGCUGUCCAAGAGUUUCCGCAGCGUGCUCUGUCGACUGGCGAAGUGUGUGGCCAACUGUGAGGAGGAUUUGAAUGCCACGCUCUCCGAAGAAGUGCAACGCCUUCUAUUCCACAGUCGCAGUCAGGAUGCGGGGGACGACCUGGAGGUUACCCUCAGUGGCUCCCUAAACAACACAAAACAAAUGCUCCGAGUGCCGGAUGUACACAGUCUGCUGGAAGUGGUCGACGAUCCCAGUUUGGUGCAGUUCAUCGACAGUAAGAGCAACGAAGAGCCAAGUGAGGAUUUUGAUUUGAACGAUUGCCUAGAGCGGUUAAAGUCGGAAGCUUCCUACCUUUUGCAUUUGUCAGAGGAUUUGCACAAGCAACGGCCACAUGAUGAGUCCUCGGAACAUUUGGAUGAGCCGGAGAAACAGGAGCACGAACUCUGCUGCGAGGCAGAGGACGGUCUUAAGACCACAGCUGCGGUACAGCAACAAGUGCUGUCCAAGUUUCUGCGCACAAACUCCCUGAAUGACCAGCAAAUGGGCGUGGCCAAUCAGCGGAAGAACAGCAAUCCGGAGGCGGGGAAAACCCAUACAUCGCUUCCUCCAGAUCUCCAGCAGCAUGUGGGCAAUGCCUCGGAACUAUCCUUCCAACUUGUUCAGCUAAAGAACCGCCUGAUUAAAUCCGAAGCAGAUCGUCAGAAUCUGCAACAGCAACUGAGUCACACUAUCGAUCGCAAUGCGGAACUGGGACAGGAAUUGCAGGCUCUGAGGGAUCAGUUUUCUCAACUAAAUUCCCUGAACCACACGGAUUACAAUGAGGGCUAUGGCCUGGGGCCGAUGAAGAGCCUGCAGGAUCAGGGAUUGGAUCAAUCAUCGGCCAGUUUUCUAGCCCUCCAGGAGCGGGCGCGCCAUUUGCUUUCAUCCUCUCCUGUGAAGGAGCAACCUUCAAGGGAUAUGGGGAAUUCCACAGUUACCUUGCUACAAAUGAUCGAAGACUUUUGUCGCGAGGGCGACAAAGUGGUGGAGAGUGGCAAAAAGGACCGCGAGGAUCUGCAAUCUCAGAUCGAUACCGCUGACAAGCAGCUAAAGGAUACACGGCGAUUCCUGGAGGAUCAGGCCGCCGAGCGUGAGCAAGAGCGCGAUGAGUUCCAGCGCGAAAUAGAGCAGCUGAAGGCUCAGUUGCGCGACAAGGAGAAGGAGCACAGCUCCUAUGCCAAUGCCUCCGAGGAGUUGAAGGUAGCGAAACGAAAGCAUUAUGCCCAACUAGAGGCCCAGUUUCGAGAGGUUAAUUAUCAGCUGAACGAGGCGAAUGCCAAGCGGGAUAAAUUCGAGGUGGAACUGAAGGCUUCGAUAGACAAAAUCUUUGUUCUGCGAGAGAUCAUCUCGGAACUGGAAACUCAAGUCCAAACCAAGGCACUCAAUGAACAAGUGUUGGGAGAAAAGGCCAAACAAUUGGAGGAAUAUGUGGGUUUGCAGAUGAGGGAUAACGAUGCCCUGCAGCAGGAGGUGCACAGUUUAAAGACGGACAUUGGAGAGAGCUAUCAAUCCCGUAUAAGAAUACUAGAGGAUAAGUUGCAGCAGGGAAGAACAACUGCCGAACAAGGCUCUGUUUUGAGUCAAGUGGCGGAAAAACUGAGAGAUAUUGAAACCACGCUGGAUCAGAAGACCAAGGUCUUGGAAUCCCUGCACAACUCCAACAACGCCUCCAAUUCGGCCAGCUUAAGCGUCACCGAGGAUGUCUCCAUUCAUGGCAGUAAGGAUCACACGGCAGUGGGUUCACCCUCGCAUCCGUCGCUCACCGUGGAGGGUGUGCAACGGGUCACCGAGAAGCUAGACCGGCACACUCGCGUCGAGGAGGCGGCCAUCAAGCGGAUUCGCGACCUGGAGAUGCAGGUCCAUCAAAUGCGUGCCGGUUGUGUGGAGCUCCAGCAUGAACGCGACUCCCUUCAGGGUCGAAUGGAUGAGCAAACCCAGCGGAUCUCCACACUCCAAAGCCGCUUGGAGGAGCAGCGCCAGCGAGCGGAGCAACUGCAUCGGGCUGGCACCUCGGACUUAAAUACCCGCGUACAUGAACUUCAGGGUGAGGUGCAGAAUCUCGGCGAGCAAUUGUCUGCGCGGGACAAGCAGAUGGCCACCUUGCGGCAGCAACUGCAACGCAGCCAGGAGGAGAUAGCGCGACUGGAGGCGGAAGUCACAGUUCGCACCCAACCAGAUCGCGGUCUGGUGGACAAGCUGGAAGCUGAAGUGCAGCAAAAGGGAGCAGAGAUCGGCAAGCUGAAGGAUAAGAUACGCACAGAGAUGAUCAACCGACUGGCAUUGCCGGAUCUAAUGGAAACAAUGCUGGCGGACAAGAACGAUGAGAUAGAUCACCUGCGCGAUCAACUGGAGGCCAAGGAGAAGGAACUGCAGGCCAGUCAUCAGGACGGCACCCUGAUUUCAUCCGCGGCAGGAGUAGUCGGCGGAAAGCAGGAAGGGAGUGGCGGCAAGUUGAGUGGCCGCACUCUUAGCGAUAUCGGAUCGAUUACCGAGUUCCCCGAGCCGGAUGUGGAGCGACGAGCGGCGAUGCGGAGUCUCAACGCUCCCCUCCAGAUGAGCGAUGGUGCGGGCGUCUUCCUGCACCAGACAAUGGAAACCUCCAAGGAAGCAGUGGCCAACUUAACGCUCAAACGUACCGACGACCUAAGCGGUUUUAUAGCCCCCUAUCCGGUGAACACUUUUGAGCAUCCCCACUAUUUCCAGGCCAUGGGAGUCACUGCCCAGAGCACCGAUGGGCUCACACCUGGUCUGGUGCCGCGGCAGAUCAACUUCUCCAAUCUAACAGAAGACUCAAAACUAAAAACACCCAGUGUGCUGAUGCGUACACCAGAAAUGCCCAGGCCAAUGACUCCCCCGGAAGUCUAUCAAUUGCGACAACAGCUGAACAAUUUGCAGGUGGAAAAGCAGCGACAAGAGAGUGAACUGGAGAAUAAGUUACAGGACCUGCAAAAGCAACUGGAGCAGGAAAAGGAGAAACUAAGUCGUCAAGCCCAAAGUCUGCAAAGUCACGAGGAGAGUGAGAUAAAAUAUAGGCUACGUAUUGAGUCUUUGGAGGCGAAGAUUCUGGAGACAGCUGCCCAGGAGGCCUCUGAUCGGGAAAAUCUUCGCAGGGAACUGAACUGCGUUAGUGCAGCCCAUGAGCAAUGCGAAGAUGCAGCAGCUGCCCGCAAACGAGAGCUGGAAAUCCUCAACAGUGAAGUCAAGCUCAAGGCCGAUCAGCUUCAAGCUGCGCUUCGCCGAUGCGGAGAUCUGGAACUGCAGGUUCUCACUCUAGAACGAGAGAUGGAGCGUUUGAAGAACAGUGAAAACAGCUCCAAGCAGUAUUCGGUGGAUGAGAUUGCCCAACAGGUGGAAAAAGAAUUAAACUACUCCGCUCAGCUGGACUCCAAUAUUCUCAAAGCCAUUGAAAGUGAAGAGGAGAACAAUCUGGACAAGAAGCGGCAGAAGGGAGUGCAAACGGAGGAGGAGACCAUGCCAGGAACUGGUAAUGGAACGGAUGAUGAGAACUUCCUUGGCGAACGGGAGCUCUUGAAUCAAUUGGAAGCCCUUCGAGCUCAAUUGUCCGUGGAGCGUGAACAAUGCGAGGCGAUGAGUAAGGAGCUACUGGGUGAAAAACAGCACUCACAGGACAUUCAAGAGCAGGAUGUGGUCAUUAUAGAGGCUAUGCGAAAGCGACUAGAGACUGCUCUGGAUGCGGAGGACGAGCUCCACAAGCAGUUGGAUCAGGAGCGGGAACGCUGUGAGCGUCUUCAAACGCAGUUGACUUCCCUGCAGCGAGCGGAAAGUCGAAGGAAUAGUUCUCUGCUCCUCAAAUCACCGGGCGACUCACCCAGGAAGUCCCCACGAGCUGAUUUCGAAUCAGAACUGGGAGAUCGUCUGCGCAGUGAGAUUAAACUUCUGGCUGCUCAGAAUGAAAGAGAACGGGAGAGAUCGGCGGAUGCCCAGCGUAGCAGUGAGCGCGAACGUCAGCGGUACGAAAAGGAACUCCAGGAACGAGUAGCUUACUGCGAACGUCUCAAACAAGAGAUGGAAAAGCUUUCACGGGAUAAGGACUCCGCUGAGUCAGAGCUGGAACACUUCAACGAGCGGUUGACACUGCAGGCCAGCGAGAUCGAGAGCUUGGAGGCGAGGCUAGUUACCCUCCAGGAGGCGGAAACUCGAAGAGCCAACACCCGCACUCGUCAGCACCAGGAGAAUGUUAAACUCCAGGCCGAGAUCCAUGAACUCAAGUCAAAACUGUUGACAGCCGAAGCAUCGCGGGAUUGCCUGGAGCAAAAGGUUACCCAAUUGCGCUUUGACGUGAGUCGUUCCGGUCAAAGGGAAGCCAAACUAGCUGAGGCCCUAGCUCAGGCCAAUGAUCGAUUGGCUCACAGCACCGAUGACAAUGUGCCGGCACAGUUCCUGCAGAAGAUGAAGGAGAUCAACACCCUGUUGGCGGAGAACACCCAGGAGAACAAACAGAUGGCGGAAACUGUCCAGUUUCUGGUGGGCGAGCGCAUUGCCCUGCAGAAGAAGUGCGAGGAGUUGGGUGGGUCUGGUAACACCAAUGUCACUGAACUGGAGGAGCGCUGUCGGCAGUUGAUCGGCCGCUAUUUACGCGUGGAGUCGCAUCGCAAGGCGCUGGUCUACCAGAAGAGGUAUCUGAAGCUCACUUUGGAGGGUUAUCAGGCCAGUGAGCAGUUGGCACUGCAGAAUCUGCGAGGUGGUGCUGCGCAGCCUACCCAGCGAAAUAUUAAAAAGAAGUUCAAGACUGUGGCCCUGGCCAUCAUUGCCAUCCAGCGAAUCAAAUACAUUGGACGCAUCUGGCACACGGGCAAGCGGAUUGUGAGCAAGUCGGUCUUCACAAUCACCCAGCAAAGAAGUCCUGGACUAAACCUGAAUGUGGCGCCUCCCCAAUCCCCACUGCCUGGGCCCAACUCGAAUCCACCCACCAAUAACAACAACCUCAUGGGGCGCCUUAGUUAUGCGCCCCUCUCACCGCCGAUGGUUAAUUACAGCACUGUGCAGCCGAUAAUGCUGCCAUCGGAUUUUACCCUCCAAGCGCCAUCAUCUUCGUUGCAGAGCACCAUCGCCAAUAACAAUAGUGAAAACAACCUGCCUUCGCUGGCCAGAUUGGACUGGCCAACGAUGCAGAAACCGAAGAGAGCGCAUGCGCGGCAUCAUUAGGAAAAAUCGCACAGCCCAGUCAACGGAAAAGCUCAACUGAAGGCACUAACUUUAAGUGAAGCCAUAACGAAGACACUUUGUAGCAUGAAAGCAUCGUGAAUGUAAAACAGGCGAUCCAUUCUAGUGUUAAUUACCUGUACCAUUUCCCCCAAACUAAGUCUUAAGCUGUUGUAACCUAAUUUAAGCGUCCGCGCGACCACACCAAACUUAGACAUGUAAUCGUCUUGUAAGUGUUAUUUGUAUUUACCGCCCAAGUGUAGCCAUAAGCAUAAACCUAAUCCGUGUCCCAGUAUUUUGAUUGGCUCGACUUAUAUUUAGUUUUUUUUAAAUUUUGACUGUAUAAGUUUCCUGAUAAGUUGAUUAAACCAAAAUUUAUUUCAUAUUGAAAA